AGUAACUCGUGGGUCACCUGCUUUUGAGGGAUACCAUCUAGUCAUUUUAUUCGCUUGCCGUUUCAGCUGGGAAAUUUCCCGUAGGUCUCUAUCGCCUACUUCUCAAAUAACAAGUAGAGACUGGAGACAGGAGGUGUCGUAUGUUCGUAUGUAGGAGAGCAGAUAAUGAAGGGGUGCAGCAAGUGGAUAAAGAAUGAAAAAAAUGAGCCUUGUAGCUCUUAUGAGUUUUUUGUAUGUUAACUUGGUGAUAUACUCUGAUGCUUUUACCUGCCCUGAGAACUUUAUCCAAGGAUCUGAUGGAACAUGCUGUAAGCCUAAACAGUGCUCAGAGAAGGCAGAACUUCAAAACCGAGAGGAAUGUGAAAAAACUGGUCACAAAGUGUGUGUCUGUAAGAGGUGGAAGCGGUAUUAUGGAAGAGACCCUGGAGCAUGUCAAGGACCAGUGAAUAAUGAGACGAAGAUACAAAAGAUCAGACAGAAAGGAUUCGAGUUAAAGAUCUUGGGAGAAAUUGACCUGUGCGAAAAGGGUUUUUUCAAGGACAAAAGUGAUGACACGAUAUGCAUUCCUUAUACACGGUGUCCAAAUGGUUACAUAACAGUUUUUAAUGGGUCAGCAACUCAGAAUCGCGAAUGCCAGAAAAUGACCACUACCACACUGCCAGACACCACCACUUCAGUGCAACCAGUUACCACCUCACAAACUGUUACAGUGCACUCAUUAAUUGCACAGCCAGGGGUAACCAACAGAAAACAGUCACAGCUAGAGGAAACCAACAGAAAACAGUCACAGCUAGAGGAAACCAACAGAAAACAGUCAGAACAUUCACAGAAUAGAUCUGUGUCAGAGAAGGUCAUUAUCACUGCAGAAAAUACCACUGAUAUUACUGAACAUGAUCCACAUUCUCCAGGUAGGGAACCAGAAAAAGAUGAGGGGAAGAAUUCAUUCCUGGUGGUGAUAAUAUCCAUUUCUGUAGUGUUAGGAGUGAUAGCAUUGAUAGGUGCCAUAUGUUGCAUCCGUAAAAGAAGAAAGAGGAAACAACCAUGUCCAAGAACAGGUGUUGAACUUCAGGGAGAAGUAGAAAAUGUAGCCUUAACUCUCUUCUACAUGCAGAAUGUCAAAGAAGAUGACAAUAUAGAGAAAAACCACCCUAGUGAUGAGGUCAGGACCACUGUAAUUACAGAAGAGGAAUCUUUGUUAGUGGGAAAGUGUGAUAAAAUGGACAGUAGAAAUGGAAUAGAUAAAAAGAAAUGUGAUGGAAAACAUACCUGUGAACUCUUUUCAAAUACUAUUAACAGUGAUACUGUCACUGUUCCUCAGACUGAUCUUGCCAUGACUCGGUUCAAUGGUACAUGUACCCCUCAACACGGUGAUGUACAGAAUAAACCAUUUCAUACGGGUGCUGAACAAAAUAUCAAAGUUUGUCGUGAUGACUGUACAGAUGUGAAGAGGAUGAAGGUGGAAACGCAGAAGAGUGAUUCCUCAAAAGUAGUGAAAAUGUCAGAGCCUUGUAAGGAACCCAAUGAUAUGGAUACAGAGGAGGAUUCUUUCACUGCUCUCCUUCCUGAUUCGGUCCUUUGCCCUCCUAGUAACCCUCAUUCUCAACAUUCUUUGGGGUCCCUGAAGUCUAAUGGAGAAUUUAAACCCUUGUAUUUGGCAUCACUUGAUACAGAUUACCCCAAUAGCAGUGUGACAGCAUUAAGUCCAACAGACGACAGCGAUUAUGGGAGUGGUCCAUCCAAGAACGAUGAUCACCCAUUGUGCAUAGGCAGUUGUGACUCUUUACAUGUGUCAUCACUUCAAAGUAGGGAGGGAGAGCCUGGAAGAAUUGUAAACAAUCAGGAAAAUCUACGGAACCAAGACAAACCAAAAUUAGUUAUGAUAGUAGCACCUUAUAGGAAAGAUGAAACCAAGGAGAUACCAGAGGCUUUAGAUGAAGAAACACAUUUUAAAACUCCAUAACCAUUGAUAUGGAUUACGCGAUUGAUAAUUAGGUACUGUUUGUACCAGGAAGAAGUACAUUUCCGAAAUCCACUUAAAUAAAAGACAUCAUUGCUGUUGCAAUUUUGGCAGAUUGUUCCUCUGACAGUUAAAUUACCCUGCUCAGUUUUUAGCUCACCUGAGCUGAAAGCUCAAGUGAGCUUUUCUGAUCACCCGUACUCCGGCGUCCGUCCGUCCGUCUGUAAACUUUUCACAUUUUCAACUUCUUCUCAACAACCACUGGGCCAAUUUCAACCAAAGUUGGCACAAAACAUCCUUAGGUAAAGGGAAUUCUAAAUUGUUAAAAUAAAGGGCCAGGCCACCUUCCAAGGGGAGAUAAUCAAGAAAAGGUAAAAAUAGGGUAGGGUCAUUAAAAAAUCUUCUUCUCAAGAACCACUGGGCCAGAAAAGAUGAAAUUUAUAGAUAAGCUUUAUUAGGUAGUGCAGAUUCUAAAUUGUUAAAAUCAUGGCCCCCGGGGGUCGGAUGGGGCCACAAUAGGGGGUCAAAAUUUUACAUACAAAUAUAUAGGGAAAAUCUUUAAAAAUCUUCUUCUGAAGAACCACUGAGCCAGAAAAGCUGAGAUUUAUAUGAAAGCUUCCUUAUAUAAUGCAGAUUCUAAAUUGUUAAAAUCAUGGCCCCCGGGGGUCGGAUGGGGCCACAAUAGGGGAUCAAAGUUUUACAUACAAAUAUAUAGGGAAAAUCUUUAAAAAUCUUCUUCUCAAGAACCACUGAGCCAGAAUAGCUGAGAUUUAUAUGAAAGCUUCCUUAUAUAAUGCAGAUUCUAAAUUGUUAAAAUCAUGGCCCCCGGGGGUCGGAUGGGGCCACAAUAGGGGGUCAAAGUUGUUUUUGUUUUUUUUCUUUCUUUUUUUCAUUUUUUUUUCAUUUUUUUUUUUUUUUUUGAUAUAGUGCAGAUUCAAGUUCGUUAAAAUCAUGGACCCCGGGGAUUGAAUGGGGCCUCAAGGGGGGCAUCAAAGUUUUACAUACAAAUUUAUAGGAAUAAUCUUUUAAAAUCUUCUUCUCAAGAACCACUGAACCAGAAAAGCUGAGAUUUAUAUGAAAGCUUCCUGAUAUAGUGCAGAUUAUAAAUUGCUAAGAUCAUGGCCCCCGGGGGUCGGAUGGGGCCACAAUAGGGGGUCAAAGUUUUACAUACAAAUAUAUAGAAAAAAUCUUGAAAAAUCUUCUUCCCAGAACCACUAAGCCAGAAAAGCUGAGAUUUAUAUGAAAGCUUUCUGAUAUAUAGUACAGAUUCUAAAUUGUUAAAAUCCUGGCCCCUGGGGGUCAGAUGGGGCCACAAUAGGAGAUCAAAGUUUUACAUACAAAUAUAUAUGAAAAAUCUUUAAAAAUCUUCUUCUCAAGAACCACUAAGCCAGAAAAGCUAAUAUUUACAUGAAAGCUUUCUGACAUAGUGCAGAUUCAAGUUUGUUCAAAUCAUGGCCCCUGGGGUAGGAUGGGGCUACAAGGGGGGAUCAAAGUUUUUCAUACAAAUAUAUAGGGACAUUCUUUUAGAAUCUUCUUCUCAAGAACCACUGAGUCUGAAAAGCUGAUAUUCACAUGAACAGCUUCCUAACAUAGAGCAGAGCUAAGUUUGUUCAAAUCAUGGCCCCCUGUUGUAGGAUGGGGCCACAAUAGGGGAUCAAAGUUUUACAUACAAAUAUAUAGGAAUUUUUUUAAAAAAAUCUUCUUCUCAAGAACCACUGAGCCAGAAAAGCUGAUAUUUACAUGAAAGCUUUCUGAUAUAGUGCAGAUUCAAGUUUGUUCAAAUCAUGGCCCCUGGGGAUAGGAUGGGGCCACAAGGGGGGAUCAAAGUUUUACAUAGGAAAAAUCUUCAAAUAUCUUCUUCUCGUGAACCAUUGGGCCAAAGAAGUUCACAUUUACAAGAAAAAUUUCUGACAUAGUGUAGAUUCAAGUUUGCGAAAACUAUGGCCUCCAGGGGUAGAUGGGGCCAUGAUAAGGACUACGGUUUUACAUGCAAAUAUAUAUAGAAAGUCUUCUGAUAUGGACCAAGGUGACUCAGGUGAGCGAUGUGGCCCAUGGGCCUCUUGUUUCUUAUGAAGCAGUCAUGUUGGUACCAUGAUCUGAACAGAUACUGGAUGUCUCGGUUGAACACUAGAGUCCCAGAUAGCAAGCUAACAUUGGGCCAACGUAAUCAGUUACAUUGGGCCAAUGUUGGCAAAUGACGUUGGCCCAAUGUAAUUUUGCUCAUCGGCCCAAUGUUGGCCCAACGAGUUGGGCCAACGUUGGCCCAAUGUAAUGCAAGUUUUCUCAUUACAUUGGCCCAACAUUGAAUCAACGUUGGCCCAAUGUGUGUGACAUUGGGCCAUCGUUGGCCCAAUGUUGGCCCAACGUCAUCAGUAGCCCUGUGUUGUGUGCCUUUUUCGUAUAUUAGCCCAACAUUGAAUCAACAUUGACCCAGUGUGUGUGAUAUUGGGCCAUCAUUGGCCCAACAUCAUACACAGGUUGGCUUAAUGUUGUGUGCAUUUUCUAAUGAUAUUGGCCAAUCACUGAAAUAAAAUUGGCCCAAUGUUUGCCGAACAUCAUAUACACAUUUGGUUAUUUGUUUUGUUUUUUCAUUUAAGCAAUAAAAUAUUGUAUUCAAAUUUUAGAAACGAUUCCAAUUUGCAGAUGAAUUAACUAAUCUCAUAAUCCUCCUUCAAUUACAAUAUAAGGUUGACCACUGUUAGAGCUCAGUAGAAAAUCUAUCCAUUUUUUUAAAAUCUCCACCAGAGACAUAAGGAUUGUUCAACUUCUACACAUUAUCAAAACAAAAUAAAAGACAUCUAAUGAAUUUAAUUUGUGUUAACAACUGGUCAAAUGAAAAUAUGAUUAAAACAAUAAAUGCAUUCCAGUGUAAACAAGUUAACUUUGUCUCUUUGUCUGAUACAUGUGCAUACACUUUAAUUCUUCCACAAUUAUGAAUCACUGUCCUCUGUUGCAUUCUGGGAGCUUUGGUUUCUCUCUUCGUCUUUUUUUCUUUCCUCUCUUUCUUUUCGACCUCCUUCACGGUCACAUGCGUACCGGAACCACUCUUUGAUAACAUUGUUUAUCUCAUUGUGUGUUGCGUCUGCACAUAAUCGGUUUGCUCGAGCAGCUCCUUUCAAUAAAAGUCAAAUAAUUACCCUAAAUUUCUCUCUACUUAAAAAAGAGAAGCUGUAAUCUUAAAAAAAGGUGUAAGCAAAAAUUAUUUUUAAAACUGCAGGACUGUACAAUGACCCCUGAUCUAAGUAAAAAGUAUUAACCUGUGGCUCUGCUUUGAAAUCUGAAAUAUUUAACUGAUUUGAGAUAGAUAUACAUGUAUAAUGUACUUACAUUUCUGUAUACGUAUGCCAGGACGUAUAUUACUUUAAUCUGAAUUCACAAUAAAAACAAUUCCCCGGAAUAAGUUUUCCUUUUUCAGUUGCCUUGUUUCACGUUAUUCCUCAGUAAAACUCCGAGAUUAGAAUGCUGGACGCGUAAAAUAGAUACAGGAUUGACCAUCCCAACAUAUCAGAUAUCAAGAUUACCAUGGAAACUGGCCAGUCUCAAGCUGUGAAAAACUCUGUCCUAAUUGCUUGGUCAGUAAAUGUGCUCUUAUCUUAGAAUCUGCUUCCUAAAUCCAACACUUUAGAGCAUUUAUGUAAUCUUUGCAUGUGUUAAACCUUUCUCUUUUGAGUUCAUUCUUUUGAUAUGCAAGGUUAAUUUUCAUCCCUGCACAAAUGAUAAUUGAAUGUAUGUUAAUUUUUUAAUAUGUUUUCUAAAAUGUAUGCAUAUAUUUUACAAAAAUUAUAAAUAUUUCAAAUCAAUUAUACAUUCUAUACGUAGCUUAUUUUAAUUAACUCAUCAUCCUCUUCUUCAAAACAUGCGAGUCAUGCGCAUUUGUGUGUGCGUGUGUCAUAAAUUUUGAUAUCAAAAUCUAUUUUUUAGUCGAAUUUCAUCACAAUCUUACAAUGUUGGGCCAAUGUUGUAUUCCCAACUAACCUCGGUACCAGUAUGAAAGUGAUAAGUUGACAUUGGCCCAAUGUUGGGCCAGCAUUGUGUUGACAACACACUCCGGCAAUUAAUUAGUCACAAUAUUACAACGUUGGGCCAAUGUUGUAUUCCCGACUAACCCCGGAAUCAGAGUAUGAACGUGACGUGUUGACAUUGGUCCGAUGUUGGGCCAACGUUGUUUAGCCAAUGCCAACCAUCGGCCAACGGUCCAACCAUUAGCCAACGUUGUCAUGCUAUCUGGGGUAGAGAGGGGACCGGGCUUUAAGAUCCCAUCUUGAUCCAAUGCGUUUUCUUCCUUUUAUUCUGAUGCUUAAGACUAUUCAGUUCUCGGUACUGAAAGAGUGUGGCUGUUUUUGUGCAAGAGAUGUGACUUUUAAAGUACUUGGCACUCAGUUGGUUUUGAAGCCUGGUACCAAGAACAGCUGAUAAAUGUCCAUGGUCCAGCUCCUCUACCUGGUCUUUGAUAUUUUGUUGGUAUUUAUAGUUUUAUACAAUGUUUUUUAUGUGUUUCAGUUAUUUACCAUUCACAUUAAUUUAUAAUUAGAUCUGUUAAGAGAGGUACAAGCUGUGAUAUAUUGUCAUUGUGUUAUAUUUGGAUAAUCUCCAUUCAAAGUCAUGUUUUGUGCAAUAUAUCUUCAUAUGAGAUUGGAUGUGUUCUCAUUGUAAAUUAACAAAUCAUUUGUUUAUAUGAAUAAAUGCAUUAAUAAAUUGUA